UUCCCGUCACCUGCUCACCCUCCUAUUCUCUCUCGCGCAUUCGCCGCCGCUGCCGCCACGACGGUCUCGCCUGCUCGCCGCCGUCCUCCGCCCCAACCGCGCCGCGCUCGCCGUCGUCUCUUCAGGUCUCCGCCUUCUCAACGGGCAGCCCCGUCGCCGCCGGUUGUCCGUCGCUCUUCAGUAGUUGUUGCUGAUGGAACACGCAUCCUUUGGAGAUCAACGGAAUGCCACAUUUGCUCUUGCUGAGGAGGAUCAUACACUUGCAAAUGCUCUCAGAUUUACCUUGAAUCAAGAUCCACGGGUAAUAUUUUGUGGUUACAGCAUUCCUCAUCCUUCAGAAGCGCGGGUUAAUGUUAGAGUUCAAACGACAGGUGACCCAGCGAGAGAGGUACUGAAAGAUACAUGCCAAGAUCUGAUGCUGACGUGUCAACACAUAAGGGGCACAUUUGAUAAUGCUGUCAAAGAUUUUAGAAUGAAAAAUCCUCCUGAUGAUCUUACUUCCCAGGACAUGGACUCAGAUUAACAGUGAAAUUAUUGUAGCAGCUUUCGAUUUAUUAGGUCUCCUCAAUCUACGGUCAUGUGACCUAUUUAAAGAAUGACCUCUAUCAAGAUCUUGUCUGCAGAAAGGAUGUUGCACUGAUAUUUUUUAGUGAACCGUUUGUGAGUAUUUGGGAAGCCAUUGGGCACCAUUGUAUUGAUCAUCUAUGAAGACCUACGUAACCUCAGUGGCAGAAUUAAAGACGAGGAUGUCGAUGUCGGGGUCAUACCUCUCAUCUAUAUAGUGUUUUGGGAAGACAAA